AACUCCUCCUGUGACGAACGUACAGAAAGGGGAGAAUCAGCUGGGUGUGAGUGGAUACAUCAACAGAAGCAAAAAAAUUUAGCCCAGGCGAUCAACGCCAUGACACUCCCAAUCAGAAAUGCAAGGGUUUCAGUGCAACCAUUCUCUCAUCCCAAUCUCUCGUGGCCCCGGGCUGAACCUGUCAUGGAUGGAGGCGAUUGGAGGACUCAACUUCCUCCUUAUGCCCGCCAGAGGAUUGUUAACAAAAUCAUGGACGCAUUGAAGAGACAUCUUCCUAUUUCUGGAUCAGAGGGACUGCAUGAGCUAAGGAAAAUAGCUAAAAGGUUUGAGGAAAAGUUGUAUUCCGCUGCCACAAGCCAGUCUGAUUACCGCCGGAAAGUAUCUCUGAAGCUGCUGCCAAUGGAAACAAAAUCUUGUAAUGCUGCAACCAAUUCUCUGCCAUCCAACUCUGCUGGCCCCAACUAAAGGCAAGAAAUCCGCUGCAGGCAAAAAAUCCUGCAGAUCCAGAUUCUGAGAUUGGAAAACAAAGUUGGUUGGAAGCUAUUGCUAUCGCUGUUAUUUCACAUUUAUAUUAUGGUUUGGAAAUUCGGAAAUGUAGAAUCUAAGUAACAAUUUGAUUUAUGCUUGCCAUAAUUUCUAGAUAGAAUGUUCUAUGAUGUUUGAAUGUUGACUCCUUUGUAUUGACAUGUUAGAUUUGCGCUUGGAAGCUUUCAAAUGUUGUAGUGUAUACUAUUCAAUCUA